UGACGCGUGAGUGGGAGAGGUGUAAACUCUUGUGACUUAAGCGCAAUCGCGCUACAGGCAGCGACACAGAGAGGGGCCCAAAUGGAGACAGCAACGUUGCAGUACUGUCCCAUGGAGCACCAAACAGAAGCACUGAAGUUGCUACAGAAUGUGGGCUCUCACCAAAUAGCGAUCAGUAGGCCCAGUAAACUUGGACUAGAAAAACAAGUGACAACCAACCAAGAUUCGUCAGCAGCGGCCCGCACAAUAGCAGAAAAGGCGCGUGAAAGUAUCAUUACGCAGCUAAUCGAUAUUCUAACCCAAAUACUCACAUUCGACGAAGAAAUCAGUCAUAGUUCGUUUCAGGAUCUGAGGAUAUUUCUGCGUCCUAAAAUUUUAGUUUUGGAAACUGUAUGGAGAUUUGGUUUCAUCAAUGAGAAAAUUUGCAGAACGUCGGCCAAAAUCCAUCUCGCUCCAUCUUCUCCCACUGCCACUGGGUUUCCGCUCAUCACCAUAUUGGUAAGCAUAGAGCUGAGGAACAUCUGUGUGCGCAUGGCAUUGAGGGACUCUGACUGUCAGAAGAUCUGGGACCUUAGAGAUCUGCAGGACUGUUUAAAAGCCAUGGUGGACAGUCAGGUGUCUUCUCUCAUCAACAUGAACCAUUCUGUGGCCAUUCAGACAUCAUGCAAGCUUGAAGAGAUAUGUCUGAGCUUCCCUAAAAUCUGAAUAGCUAAUAUCUCACUUUACCUAAUCUCAGGGUUGAUAGCAUAUUGUUUACUUGAAUGUAGUUUUUAAAUUUGGGGCGGCAGGGUAGCCUGUUGGACUAGUAACCGGAAGGUUGCAAGUUCAAACCCCCAAGGUACAAAUAUGUCGUUCUGCCCCUGAACAGGCAGUUAACCCACUGUUCCUAGGCUGU